AUGGCUUCCGCUGCCACUCAGCGCGCUGCACCUUACAGCGCAACCGGCGACGGCAACCGGCAGUCACAGGCGAUAGAAAUAGACGGCCAGCUGUCGCAAAACGCAUUUUCGACAUCGCACGAGCAGCAGUCGCAGCAGCAGGCGCGGCGGCAGUUCAAGGGUAGGAAGCGGACGUGGGUGGAGAACGCGAUUUACCUGCUGCUGGGCUGCGUGGUUCUCUACCUCGGCGAUGGCUCCGUGCACUUUCUAGACGUGCUCUUCCGCGACCCGCGCAUCCGAUGGUCUGUCAGAAUCACGCGUCCAGUUAUCAACAGGCUGCCGCUACAGGCGGCAGCAGCGUGCGCAGCGGUGAACAUCGGCAUCUACCUCUACGCCGCGGUCUUCCUGCGCCUCUUCCGCCGCGACACGCGCUCCUACCACCAGUCUGCGCCAGGCGCCGUGGCUGCGGCCACGGCUGUGGGACUCGCGGCUUACAUCCUGUGCUCCAUUGCCUUCUGGCCCGUCUGGGGCUUUCUCACCCUGCCCAUUCUUUGGGUACUAUUCAUGGUUUUUGCGAUCAUCACAUCAUACCUGCCACCGUUCAAAGUGCGCCAAGACUGA